AUGUCUGGUAUAAAGAAUAGAACGUAUAAUAGAAGAGGCAGACCACGAAGAAACAACGUAACAGCUCUGCAACAAUAUCAUCUUAAAGAAACGGCUCUCGCUUCAGACGCACUAUUUGAUCUCGAUGAAAAUCAGCCACUCACCAUUGUGCAGCCUGCAAAGAAGGCAUCACCGCUAUCGUUAGCGUCAGUCUCUUCGUCCCUGGCAUCUUCGAUUGAAGACGACACUUUUGAUAAAGAGUUACCUACAGUAACUGAACGCGACUCAUCAUCAGCAUCAACAGCAGAGCAUCCCAUCAACUCCGAUGUCUCUCAUCUAUCAGAUAUCAAUGUCAUUGCUUUUGAAUCAUCAGAGCUUUCAUCAGAAGAUGAUUCUAUCAACACAGCUACACCACCGCCACUGCCCACACACACAUCCACUGUAAAUACAUCCCAAGGCGUUAAUCUGGAUCAGCUGCCCAAGGUGCACUUUGUAAAGGGAAAUAUGGAUGAGGACAACAAUGGAUUACAUGAUGAUGCAGACGAGGAUGAAGAAAUAUACCAGCAGGAGCAAUUAGCCCAAGAAGAGCAAUUGUUGAUCCAGCAUUACCAAGCACAGCACCAAAGCAGCUCCAGCAAUAGUGUAUUGACAAGUAACAACAAGGACAUCUUGAAGCUGAGCCGCACUUUUAACCGACCAGAAAACCAUUAUAUUCAUUACAACGAGCUCUCCGACGUAGAGCUAUACGACUCUGUUGAAUAUGACAUGGACGAGCAAGAUCAAUGCUGGCUUCGAUUGUACAACAAGGAACGACGCAAAGAGUUGUCAGGCGACAUUUCCCCUUAUUUAUUCGAAUGCAUCAUGGACAAAUUAGAAAAGGAAUGGUUCAACUUGAUCAAAGAUACACCAAAACCUGAAACGGAGCAAGUGUUACUGCCUGAAGAUUCCGCUUGUGUGGUAUGCGAUGAUACAGAAGUGGAGAACAGCAAUGCAAUUGUAUUCUGCGAUGGCUGCAAUGUAGCUGUUCAUCAAGACUGCUAUGGCAUACCGUACAUCCCUGAAGGCCAGUGGCUGUGUAGAAAAUGCAUGAUCUCACCCGAAUUUCCAGUAUCUUGUAUCUUUUGUCCUAACGAAGGUGGCGCAUUCAAGCAAACAAACACCAACCAGUGGGGACAUCUGUUAUGCGCUAUUUGGAUCCCAGAAGUCGGUGUCAGUAAUACAAUCUACAUGGAGCCUAUUGAUCAGAUUGAGAAUAUACCCAAAAGUCGUUGGAAGCUGACAUGCACCCUAUGUCGAAAGAAACAAGGCGCUUGCAUCCAGUGUGAUAAUAAACAUUGCUUUUCAGCGUUUCAUGUGACAUGUGCAAAGGCUGCAAAUCUUUGUAUGAAGAUGAACUCUCAGUCAUCUCAAUCAGAAGAGGGCGUGAUUUUGAAAGCGUAUUGCGAGAGACAUACACCAAAAGACUACUACAUAGAGAAACCGUCAGUUGUAGUUAACAGCAGCAUCCCAGAUUGUCGUCGUCAUCAUCGUCGCAGUAGCAGUGAAGAGGAAGAAGUAGACGGAAAGGAAGAGGAAGAUGGCGCACCACCAGCGAGAGGAGAAUUGAAUGGAACAAGACAACGAGGCAGAGGACGUGGACGUGGACGAGGCGAAGGCAGAGGUCGAGGUAGAGGUCGAGGCAGGCCCAGUAGACAGGCAUUAAGCGAUCAGCAACAACAGCACAUGGAUGAAGCCAACAAUAAGGAAGCUCGUGCUCAUCAACACCACUACUCCACUGGCGCCCCCAUUGCCCCCGACAUCAUCUUGGCAAAGAUUGACAACUUACCAUGCGUACGAUUCUCAGGCAUCCGAAAGCGACCUCAGGCAGUUACUGCCAUUGCGCAUUACUGGUCAUUAAAGAGAGAAUCAAGGCGAGGUGCUCCCUUGCUGAAAAGAUUACAUUUGGAGCCCUGGACAGCCUAUUCAAAAUACACGGCAGGAGAAGACGACCAGUUGGUUCGAAAGAUGGUCAUUACUCAACUACGUGCAGAUCUAGAAAAGGUGCGCAUGUUGUCUGAGCAAGUGCAGAAGCGAGAGCGACUCAAAUUGGAACAGACAAAGAAGCAGAAGGCGUAUUUAGAGAUGAUCUUCUUUCCAUUGGAAUAUGUCAUUCGACCGGUAUUGAACCAGUUCAUGGAGAUUGACCGCAAAAAACUGUUUUUAAAUCAUGUCACCAUGGAUGAAGCAGCAGACUACCACAAAAUCAUCAAGCAACCCAUGUGCUUUUCUGAAAUCUGCCAAAAGCUAGCAAGCCACUCUUACGCCACACUGGAUCAGUUCAAAGACGAUGUACGAUUGAUUUGGACCAACAGCAUGGACUACAAUACGGCGGAUACAAGCUUCUAUAAGGUGGCCAGUAAACUGAAGAAUGCAUCACAGAAACUGUUUGACAGCGCAGAAGCCAAGCUGAGUCGACUUGGUCUAUUGCAAGAUGGCAUGCUGGAUGAGCAAAUUGACGAUGCUCUGUUUACUUAUGAUGCUACUUUUGAUGAGGACGAUUUAAUCGAUGUAGAGGAACAUCAGCCAGUUCAAGUGGUAGAUACGGAAGCUGAGGCUCGCUUGAAGUUAGAAAAGAAGCGUUUGAUGGCCGAGAAAGAGGCAGAACAUCAGAGAGCUAUCAGAGCUAGAGUGGAAGGUAGAGCCAAAGCAAGAGCAUUGCGCGAAGAAAAUAGACGAAAGGGCAUUUUAUCGCAAAUGAAUCCAGUUGAAGAGGAGAUCAAGUCAAGAACACUUCGCAAGCUGAGAGAUCGAGGCCAUCUUGCAGUCCCUGUCAAUGCUCCCUCCAGUCCAAAUCAAGGCCCUUUUCUGGAUUCAGUUACAAACGACAGUCUGGCACACUUGCCUUCUCAACCACGACUCAAUAUGGACCGUAAUGAAACUCCAAUGACGCUAGCUGAAACCACCAUUGAGGAGCAACAACCAGCAUCAGCACAGCCUGUCAAUCACACAGCCGAGCAAGUGAAUGAUCUCAAAGUAGAGCAAUCAGUCGAUUCAUCAGCGGCCCUUAGAGAACCGUCUAAUUUAUUAAUUACCCAGGUUUCAUCUUUAUCAACAGCAGAAAGUGACGCUUGUGUGGAUUCGCCCAUGAGAGACUCAUUCCUUGAUCAAAACAACAAAGCGGAGAAGAAGGAGACACGGGAGCCAUCUAUCUUACAGAGUAAAGAAAAGCACAAAGAGACCAGUUUCAUGCCUACCAAACGCAAACAUUCAUCUCUUUGUGUGACACCAAGAUUGACUCGUAGCAACGGCCUACAAGCAAGCAUAGAAGAACUGACGAAACGUCCCAAAAUAUCUCAAGAAGCGAGAGCCUUGUAUGCCUCCUACAAUGGUGUCUCUCACUUGGAUCGUCCUCAGGAAGUGUACAAAGAAAACCGCAAAAAGCAUGCGCCUGUGGGUUGGGUUUGGUUGGAAGACGAUGAUGCUGACGACGAUGACGAUGAAGAAGAAGAGGGGGGUGACGACAGGCAAGAAGCCAACAUGGAUCUAGAUAAAGCUUCAGCCGGAGGUACUGGCUCUGCGAAGAAACAAGCAAGACUAGGACGCAAUGAUAUUCCUGUUCCUCGAUUUAACAAGGGUGAAAUUGUGUGGGCUCGCGUCAAUAAAUACCCAUCUCAUCCUGCCAAGUUUUUGAAUCUGUCAGACGAAGAAGCAGGCCCCAAACUCGUAGCCAGUCGAAGAUAUACAGGUGAUGUCUUGGUAGAGUUCCUUAAGGUGCCUGAAAUGCAUCGAUUUGGCUGGGUUGGACGUAGAACGAUUUGUGAAAUGGGCGAUCCUCAAGUGGAUAGACAAAGAUUGGAAGAAACUUUGCAAAAAAAGAUGAAAAAGAAAGAGUAUAUCCAAGAGGCUAAAGAAGGGUACCGAUGUGCAGGAUCCAUAUUGGGCCUGAAUCCUGAGCCUCUUUUGAGCGAAGUUUUUGAUCGACCACCAGAGCAAAGAAGAAAGCGAAAACAUGCAAGCAGCAAGAAGCGUAAAUAA